AUGCCGGGUCUAAGUUGUAGAUUUUAUCAACAAUUUCCCGAGGUGGAAGAUGUAGUGAUGGUGAAUGUAAGAUCCAUUGCUGAAAUGGGGGCUUACGUCAGCCUGCUGGAAUACAACAAUAUUGAAGGCAUGAUUCUUCUUAGUGAGUUGUCCAGAAGGCGUAUUCGUUCUAUAAACAAACUCAUCCGAAUUGGCAGGAAUGAAUGUGUGGUUGUCAUUAGAGUGGACAAAGAAAAAGGUAAGAUACAUUGAUUGUCAAAAAGAAGAGUUUCUCCAGAGGAAGCAAUCAAAUGUGAAGAUAAAUUCACCAAAUCCAAAACUGUUUACAGCAUUCUCCGUCAUGUUGCUGAGGUGUUAGAGUACACCAAGGAUGAGCAGCUGGAAAGCCUGUUCCAGAGGACUGCUUGGGUCUUCGAUGACAAGUACAAGAGACCUGGAUACGGUGCCUAUGAUGCAUUUAAGCAUGCAGUCUCAGACCCAUCUAUUUUGGAUAGUUUAGAUUUGAACGAAGACGAACGGGAAGUGCUCAUUAACAAUAUUAAUAGGCGUUUGACCCCACAGGCUGUCAAAAUUCGAGCAGAUAUUGAAGUGGCAUGCUACGGUUAUGAAGGCAUUGACGCCGUGAAAGAAGCCCUGCGAGCAGGUUUGAACUGUUCUACAGAGACCAUGCCCAUCAAGAUUAAUCUCAUAGCUCCUCCUCGGUAUGUGAUGACUACAACAACCCUGGAGAGGACAGAAGGCCUCUCCGUCCUCAAUCAAGCCAUGGCUGUUAUUAAAGAAAAGAUUGAAGAAAAGAGGGGUGUCUUCAAUGUUCAAAUGGAGCCCAAAGUGGUCACAGACACAGAUGAAACUGAACUUGCGAGGCAGCUGGAAAGGCUUGAGAGAGAAAAUGCAGAAGUGGAUGGAGACGAUGACGCAGAAGAAAUGGAAGCCAAAGCUGAAGAUUAACGUUGUGGGAAACAGUCCAGUUUAAGGAACGCAGAACAGCCCUUCCUGGCUAUAAACCCUAGACUUAAAAGUUUUCCAGUAUUGAAAACUUCAAAGUUGAAUAUUUUUUAUUUCCAAGUAUUUAAAUGUUCUAACAGACCAAAACGUGAAAUGCCCUCCUAAAAUAUCAGCUGUUUUCACACAGUAGCUCCCAACACAUUGAGCAUUUUUAAGCUAAGAAAUGAUAAAAUUGGGUUUUCCAUUUCUGAUGUCUCCAGAUUGACACGCCUUUGUAGUUCAGUGCCUCCGUGUAAUUUAUCAGGGGCACCCAAAGCAAAUAGUCCCAAUCUUUCUAUAUAAAUGUAUUAAGCAAACAUUAAAUAAAUUUCUGGGAUAUUUAAUUAAUAGGCUUCUUUCUUCUUGUCACCAGUUAAAAGCAUUAUGCUUACUAAGACCAUAAUUCUAUUCCUUUCAGUCUAGAUGUGGAAAUAUAAGGACAAGUGUUCAAAGAAUUUAUAUAGCAGAUGUUUUUAUUAGGAGGUUUUAGAGGAAAUAAUUUUAAUUUUAACCACAGUGAGAGUUGACUCUUAGCAGGGAAAGCCUUAAAAUACAAGCAAAGGAUUGUAUUACUUGUGUGACUCUCACUGUUUGAGACUGAUGACACGUGUGAGGGAGAAUUUACCACACUGGUCCUGGUUGGUAUACUAAGCUGCUUGCCUUGAGUUUGUAAUUCAAAGUGGUAAAGGUUUUUUUUUUUCUUUUCUUUUUAGAUGGUGCUUCUUUAAUUUAGGUAUUUUGAGUAUCACCCACCUUUUGACUUUUUUCCAUUAAAAUAUUCACCACCUAGAGAACUUCAGUUUUCUUUUAUAACAGAAUAGAGAUCUGUUUGAACAUAAUUACAACAAUUUUUCUACAUUUUCAUCAUUUUUAUCUUUUAAGAACGAAUUGUUUUAAAGGUAAAUAAAUCCACAGAUAACACAUAACUGAAGUUAUAGCCAGGGUAUCUGUCUUGAGUUACUUUGGUUUUUGUAGAUCUCUCUUAGUAUACCUGAGAAACUAGAUAUACUAAUUUUAUUAAUCAUUAAGAAUAGCCAUUUAAAUACUUAGAUUAAACCAUGCCCACCUUCAUCAAUCCUAUAUCAGACUCAACAUUAAAGGGACUGGAAAAGAGAAGUGUUGGUGAGAUAGUUUGUGCCAAAUGUGAAGGUUGUCCCUUUGUCUAAUUCAGCAGCCUUUAUUACUAGCUUUUUAGAUCCAGAAGGCUGGCUUCAUGCAGCCAUUUCCACAUGGAAACCAUGACAACUAGCAUGCCAUACUGGGAGUAUUUAGAGGAGAGUCUGGAUGUAUUCAAAACUAGCACAUAAGUUUCACCUUGAUCUUUUGAGGAGUGAGAAAAUACAUCCAUAAAGCUCACAGCAUUAAGAUGUCAUCAAAAUAUAAGAGGUGCUCCUUAAAUGUUUGCUAUAGACAGGGGAAUUGAAUUUUUGUUUACUGAAUAUUUUUAUACUUCAAAAGCCAUAACCAUUGAGAAAUACCAGUGGCCUUUGUGGUGAAUGAAUUUAUCCCUUGCAGGCCUUUUGGUCAGUUUCAUAACUGUUGCAAAUUCAUGACCUUUGCCAGAGAAAAGAUGAAUACCUCGGUGAUAUAAAGAAAGAAUUAACUAAACUUAAGGCUACUAACCUAAAAAUAUCACUUUCAAAUGUGAGGACAAGAUACAUACCCAUCUUCAAAUAACUUGAACAGACUGACCAAGACAAUUGACCAGUUUAUCCAAAUCUUGGAUCUCUCCUUCAAAAACCUCUUCAUUAAAAAUUCACAAGUUCAUCUACUUCCUGUUCUGCUUUUGACAGAGGUCAAGUGGUUAUUGACUCAAAACUGAACAUUAGUAAUAGUUUGGGUCUUACGCAUAAUUAACUGAAAUUAAUUGAAAAUGGCUGACAAAAAAAUACGAGCAAGCCAUUUUUGAUAUAGCAAAACAAGACAAACCAAUACUUUAGAUAAUGGUCAAACAGUGGGAACCCAGAGGCAUGCAAAACACUACAUUAUGCUAAGCAGUACAGUUACUACUCAGCUGCCAUCCUCUCAGACAUUCUCAAUUUAGAUACUUUUACAUCAAACCAUUGAAUUCAGUUGGAUCAGGAUUUUUAAAAAUUCAAAUGCUAGUACCUUGACAAGAGUUGUUCCCUGAUUUGCCUCAAGAUGAUGGUCAUCUACUUUUCAGUGCGUGAGGAUUCUGCUAUCUCCUCUACAGUGUGGUGCAGUUGUGCCAAAUUAGGGUCCGGAAGCCAUCAAACCAAAUGCAGUUGAAUUCAGGUAAACACCUGUUGAUAUUCAAAAAGCAAUAAACUAAUUCCAGGGACAUUAGACCUUGGUAAAAUGCCAAACAGAAAAUAGGGCUUUAAAAGGCAGUCUUGUACAAUGUAAGGAUGAGUGAAAACCUCAUUAGCUUGGAAUUUGAUUGUUCAGGUCAAGUAUUUUAGAAGAGAUUAAGGGAAGACAGUUCAAACUAUGGAAGAGGACAAAUUUUUACUU